AUGGACCAACCGACGGACUCGUGGGCCACGCCAGCUCCCGCCCCCGAGAAAUCGAGCGAGCUCUAUAUCCGCGACUAUCCCCAACGAUCCAUUGCCAUUGUCUCCUCCUCCCAUGCCCUGAUCCUGCGCUACAGCUUCUCGGCGAGCGAGGGCAGCCACAAUGGCUCCCACAUAUCUUUGCCCUCGGCCAAAUCGCGGGCUGCCGCCGGCGAGCCCUUGACCACCAAAUGCAUGGUCGAGUUCUCCCCCAUCACGAGCCGGCUGCUCAAAGACUACCGACCGUUGACCGCGCGGCCCGUCUAUGGGACCCUGGGCCUCAUUGCAGUCAACGGCGAAGUCUUCCUCUCGGCCAUCACCCAUGCCGUGAGGGCCGCGACGGUGCGCCCGGGCGAGACUGUGGAGCGGAUAGCGAGUGUGGCCUUUUACUGCUUGAGCAGUGCCGACUACGACGAUGUCGUGCCGCUGGACCCCCUGGAGCCCGACGUGUCAGAUUCUGCUUCCGUCUACAGCAACAACUCGCCGUACGGCCAGGGUCUGAGCCGGCGCGAGGUGCCCAUGGAGCACCCGUGUCAUGAGCUGCGCAAGCUCCUCAGCAACGGAUCCUUCUACUACAGCACCGACUUUGACGUGACAAAUAGACUCCAGGACAGGCCCAUUGCCUCCAACUCAUUUGACAUUGACAACUUUGACGACACAUAUCUGUGGAACUCGUUCAUGAUAAGCCCCCUGGUGCAGUUCCGUUCUCGGCUCAUGCCCCAGGAACGCGAGGCGCUGGAUUCGUCGCGCAUCCUGACAUCUGCGAUUCGAGGGGGAUCCAAAAAGAGCGGGAUGCCGUCCUUCCUGACCCUCAUAUCGCGUCUCUCCUGCAGGCGAGCAGGGACUCGUUUCAACUCGCGGGGAAUAGACGACGAUGGGCACGUGGCCAACUUUGUCGAAACGGAAACAACCUUCUGGAGCCCAACAGGCAUCCUGUUCUCGUAUGCUCAAGUACGGGGGUCGGUCCCGGUGUUUUGGGAGCAGGUUGCCGACCUCAUUCCGGGGCGUCAGAAGAUUACCGUCACAAGAUCACCAGAGGGCACGCAGCCGGCCUUCAAUAAGCACUUUGAGGAUCUCGAGCUCAUCUACGGUGCGGUUCACGUCAUCAACCUCCUCAGCGAGACGAAGCCGGCCGAGGCGGAGCUUAGUGGCAUGUAUCGCAACGGCAUCCGGCACUGCCCGCUGAGCAGGCCGGGUGCCGAGGGGUCGGCGGACCAUGCUCUGCUGCGAGAGACGCACUACGACUUUCAUGCAGAGACCAAAGGGCCGGCAGGGUACGAGGCUGCGCGGGAUAUCCGCCGGUACAUUGAAAACUCGACGGACGGCUUCGCGUACUUUUUGGCCGAGGAGUCGAGCGACGGCGUCGAGGGAGGGGACGGCCCCGGGGACGGCGCUCGCAUGGUGGUGGUGCUGCAACAGGAGGGCGUCUUCCGCACAAACUGCCUCGACUGCCUGGACCGGACCAACCUCAUCCAGACGUUGAUCUCGCAGAUGGCCGUGGAGGCGUUCCUGGGGCACCGAGGGGAGUUUGCGGCGUCGGACUUUUGGAUGCGGCACUCGAGCCUGUGGGCGGACAAUGGCGACUCGCUGUCCAAGAUCUACGCCGGGACAGGGGCGCUUAAGUCUUCGUUUACGAGGCACGGCAAGAUGUCGCUCUCCGGGGCGGUGGCGGACAUGCGCAAGUCGGUCCAGCGCAUCUACCACAACAACUUUGUGGACCCGUCGCGGCAGGUCAUGAUCGAUAUGCUGCUGGGCCGCCUCAUCGGGCAGGCGGCGGUGCAUCUCUUCGACCCCAUCAGCGACUUUGUCUCGGUGGAAGUCGGCAAGCGGAGCGACGAGUACGCCUCGUUUGAGAAGAUUAGCAUAUGGGCGGGGACGUUCAACCUCAACGGGCGCACCGACGGCAUCGACUACGACCUGACGCCCUGGCUGUUCCCGCCGUCGCUGGGUUCGGGCCAGCCCGACAUUUACGUGGUGGCCUUUCAGGAAAUCGUCGAGCUGAGCCCGCAGCAAAUCAUGAAUAGCGACCCAUCGAGGAAGCACCUGUGGGAGAAGUCGGUCAAGCGGCUGUUGAACCAGCGGCAGGCGAGCCUCGGGGGCGACAAGUACGUGCUCUUGCGCAGCGGGCAGCUCGUCGGGGCGGCGCUGUGCCUGUUUGUCAAGACGUCGGUGCUAUCCAACAUUAAGAACGUCGAGGGCAGCGUCAAAAAGACGGGGCUGUCGGGCAUGGCCGGCAACAAGGGGGCCGUCGCCAUCCGGUUCGACUACGCAAGCACGCCCAUAUGCUUCGUCACGGCGCACCUGGCGGCCGGGUUCGCCAACUACGACGAGAGGAACCGCGACUAUGCCACCAUUCACAACGGGCUGCGCUUUCAGCGGAACAGAGGGAUAGAGGACCACGACGCCGUCAUAUGGUUGGGUGACUUUAACUACCGCAUUGGCCUGGGCCCAGAGGCAGCACGGACCCUGAUCAAGAGGCGCGACUUGGAGACGCUAUACGAAAACGACCAGUUGAACCUGCAAAUGGUGGCGGGCCUGGCGUUCCCCUUUUACUCGGAGGCCCGCAUCGGCUUUAUGCCUACGUACAAGUUUGACGUUGGGACGGACAAUUACGACACAUCUGAGAAGGCGAGAAUACCUGCGUGGACGGACCGCAUCUUGCGAAAAGGGGCCAACAUACGGCAGCUGUCGUACGACUCGGCGCCGCUGCGGUUCUCGGACCACCGGCCGGUGUACGCGACGUUUGAGUGCAGGGUCAGCAUCAUCAACGAGGCCCUGCGCCAGGCAAUCAGCAAGGAGCUGUAUCAGCGCCGCAAGGCCGAGGUGGGGGACACGACGGCGCAGGUGAGCGACGGCCAGGAGACGGAGGACGAGGACUUGAUAGGGUACGACGCAAUCGAGCCGGGAUUGCCGCCGGCGAGCUCGGAUCGCCGAAAGUGGUGGCUGGACAACAGGCAGCCGGCCCGCGCGCAGAUGUCGGUGCCAGAGGGGCCGGAGGGACAGGCCAUGGCGCUCAACCCGAACCGGGCGUCGAAUCCGUUUGGGCCCAGCGACGAGCCGGACUGGGUGGCGGUGCCGCGGACAUCGCCUGGGCCGUCUCUCUCGAGCAUGUCCAGCUCGCCUUAUGAAAAAGUGAUGCCUCCAAAGCCGACACUCAUGCAGGCCGGGUCUUCGAGCGCGGCGGCGAGGAAGCCACUGCCACUACACGACGGGCCCAAGCCGUGGAACAGGGUGGACGAGGAGACGCGCACAGGCAGCCGGCCAAAUUCACGGUCGUCGGGACCGCCGCCGCCGCCGCCGCCUCCUCGGCGGCAAGCAGCGGGCUCGCGGUCGGGGGCGGUGACUUCAUCCGGGGACGGAGGAACGUGGCCGGAAGAGAGGCCGGCAAGUCCGCCGCGGGCGUCGUGGGCGGCGGGAGGGUGGCAGACGUCGCCACAGAGCAAAGGCAGCGGCAAGUCACCGCCGCCGGUGGCCAAGAAGCCAGCGCAUCUGGCGGGAAGCAGCUCGCCCCUCAGCGAAGACGGGCCACUGCCGACGCGAUCGGCGACGGUCGGGGGGCGAAGCAGCAGCAGCGGGCAGCAGCAGACGCCGGGGCUCAGGGCGGGGUCGGGGUCCAGACCGGCGGGCCGCAGCAACACUCUGGGAGGCGGCGGGCCAGGAUGGGUGGCACGGGGCGCGGGAGCUGAGGAGGCCAAGGCUCUAGCGAAGCAGGCGGCGGCAAGCGGCGGCAAGGGGUCAUGGCAGGGCCAGGGCAAGACGGCGGCGGACCUGCUGGACAUGCCGGAGGAGAGCGGCGAGGAGAUGAGCGGGUGGGAGACGCUGCAGCCGAGUACGAGGGCGUAG